GCUCGGCAGGCUGCCGGCGCGCGCGCUUACUAGAAAACGUGGAAAAACAUAGUGGAAAAUAGUGGAAAAGUGCACUGUUUUAUGGGAAUUUUCAAUUACCUACUUAUAAAUAGGUGGUGGGCCGUGACAUGAAGUGGCUAGCGCUGUUCUCGCUGGUAGCAGCAACAGUGCUGCAGCAGCCGGCGCCGCUGGUGCGCACGCGCGGCGGCUACGUGCGCGGGCGCGUGUCGCGCGACGGCCGCCUCGUCGAGUACCUGGGUAUUCCUUAUGGGACAGUCAACGAUGAGAACCGGUUCAAGGCUCCGCUGCCCCCGCCAGCCUGGGACGGCGUGUUCGAAGCCGUGAACACCAACACGCGCUGCCCGCAGACCAUCAUGGGCACCGUCAUCAUCGGCAACCCCGACUGCCUCAAGCUCAACGUGUACACCCCCACCAGGACCAGGGGAAAACUCCUCCCAGUCAUGGUCUAUAUACAUGGAGGAUGCUUCUUCGAGGGAACUGGCUCUGCCUUUCUCUAUGGAGCUGAUUACUUCGUCGAGCACGGAGUUGUAUUCGUUGGCAUCAACUAUAGACUGAACGUUGAAGGUUUCUUAUGUUUAGGAACAGAGGAUGCGCCGGGAAAUGCUGGACUCAAAGACCAGGUAGCUGCCUUGAGAUGGAUCAAAGAUAAUAUAGAAGCUUUUGGAGGAAAUCCGGAUAGCGUGACGCUGUUUGGAGAAAGCGCUGGCGCUGUUUCUUCGUCCUUUCUAGUGCUUUCACAAGCCGCUAGAGGACUCUUCCAUAGAGUUAUACUUCAGAGUGGUUCUACGCUUGCGCCCUGGGCUUUGCAGCAUGAUCCUAUAAGGACAGCUAGCGCUCUAGUCAAACAAUUCGGAUAUAAUACCAAAGAUCCUUACGAAAUAUACAAUAUUUUAAGAAACAAAACCGUAAACGAACUAAUAAAAGUUAAGGCUUUUGAUAAUCAAAACUACGUCUCAUCUGAUACUCUCUUUGUACCUUGCAUUGAGAAAAAUUUGCCAGGAAUCGAACCUAUAGUCACUGAAUAUCCUACAAGUAUAAUCGAAUCUGGAAACUACACCAAAGUCCCUAUGAUAAUAGGCUUUAACGACAACGAAGGGAUAUACUUUGUAGCUAAAGAUUACGGAAAUAGUCUGAAAUCGAUAGAUCCCAAAGAAAAUUUACAUCUAGAUUUAGAGUUUCCUACAGAACUGGAUAGGAACAGCACAGUAGAGAUAAUAAAGAGUCAUUACUUUCCCCCAGAAAAAGACGAACUAAUCCUUAACAUGGUGGAUUUGUAUUCAGAUUUGCACUUCAAGUUUCCAUCAGUGAUCGAGUCGGACUUGUACGCAAAGACGACAGACAAGCCGAUAUACUUCUAUCUGUUCAAGUACGGAGGGUACAGAAACAUGGCGAAGAUCAUCGUGGGGUACGGGGCGACGGGAGGGGCGUCUCAUGCCGAUGAGCUGUUCUACUUGUUCAAGCCUCAUUCUAUCCCGUUCCCGCAUCAGCUGGAGCGGCGCAUGAUCAAGCGCAUGGUCACGCUUUGGACCAACUUCGCCAAAUACGGUGAUCCAACGCCAACGACAUCACCCCUGUUGCCGUUCCGGUGGCAGCCUGGCCGCGCCAGCAACCCCUCAGCUCUAGUCAUCGACGGCCAACUCUCCACGGCUAAGCUGUGGGACUACGCUACUGUAGACCUGUGGAACCAGACCUACAGCAAGUAUAGGAGGAAACUGUAUGGGUUUCAAUUGGUGGCGGAUGCCACUCAAAAGUUAUGCAACAGACCGACCUCAAAACUGCUGCUGGAACUGCAGCAGCGGGGGGCGUACUCGCCUUUCCCCGGGAAGCUGGCCGCUGACCUGGUUGGAGCCGGCCGCUGCAAAUGGCGUGCACUGUGCUACGUGAAGGCGGUAGCGUGUAUCUUUACCCCAGAGGUCAGGGUCGAGCAGGGGGUGCUAAGGGGACUUCGCAGCAUUUCUGGCCAGCGGAGAUACUAUGGGAUACCUUAUGCUGUCAGUGAGAGAUUUCAGCCCCCGAGAAACCCUCCUCCUUGGCGCGGCACGUUCCUCGCCGUCAACCGCUUCGGCGCGUGCGCACAGAGCGUCUCCUUCCUCACGCUCGGCUCCGAGCACUGCCUCCAUCUGGACGUCUACACUCCAGCCACCAGCUCCAAGCUACCAGUCCUGGUAUUCAUCCACGGAGGGGCCUACUACUACGGCACUAAAGCACACUACGAUCCUGAGUAUCUGGUCACCAAAAAUGUAAUAGCAGUCAUUAUCAACUAUAGAGUCGGAGUAUUAGGCUUCUUAUGCUUGAAUGGAGUCGCCAAUUUAGGCUUGAAAGACCAAGUUGCGGCUCUAAAGUGGAUAAGGAGGAAUAUAGCUGCGUUUGGAGGAGAUCCGGACAAUGUGACGAUAGCGGGACAGAGUGCAGGCGCUAGUGCAGCUGCUAUGCAUUUACUCUCGAAAUCUAGUGAUGGGUUAUUUCAUAAAGCUAUCUUUAUGAGUGGAACCCCUUUAAGCCCUUGGGCGUUUAACUUGGAGCCUUUAGAACCAGCUUUUGAAGACGCUAGUAAACUCGGUCUAGUGAAAACUGAACGAGACGUAUACAACACUUUUAUGAACGCGACAUUGAAAGAUCUAUUAAAAACCACGCACGAUAGGUCAGUGAGCACCAGAUAUUUCAAAUAUUCUCCAUGUAUAGAUGUCAAUUUUCCAGAGUCUUUCUUUCGGGAUACUCCUUACAAAGUCAUUCAGUCUAAAUAUUUUAGGCCAAUCCCAAUGGUUCUUGGAUACGCGGACGUCGAAGGCAUGUUGUUCUACGGACUAAACAGCGAUCGAGACUUUCAAGAAUGGGACUCAAAAUUCGACCAUAGACUACCAUCAGUGUUUUCCUUGUGUUCUAAACUAGAGAAGAGGAAGAUAGUCAAUAAACUACGCUCAUAUUACUUUAGGAGUAAGAAGAUUAGCAGUAAAAACGUGAAAGGUGUAGUGAACUAUUACUCUGACUGGAUUGCGUAUGCAUCAGUGAAUGCGUUUUCGAAACUGAUUGUGGAUAAGUCAGCGCCUGUAUACAGUUACAUGUUUUCGUACGAAGGCGGCCGGAACUUUGCUAAGGGGCUGAUCGGGUAUAAGGCAGGAUUGAGAGGCGCGUCGCACUCUGACGAUAUCUUCUACAUCUUCAAGCCGGCGGGACUGGGGCUGCCAGUGUCGUCGGAGGAUAGGCUGUUCAUAGAGCGACUGACUACUAUGCUGGCUAACUUUAUGAAGUUUGGCGACCCCACCCCCCACCGGACUCCACUCCUCCCAGUACCCUGGCCACGCGCCAACGCAUCUCUCAGCACGCCCACGUUGCGCCUGGACAGCCAGUCCACCGUGAUACCCGCCCCUGAGUCGCAUCAAGGCCGUUUGCUGAUGAAACUGCUGUGCCGGUACGGUCAGAAAGGGUUCGUGCCUUGUGAGAGUGAAGAUCGCUGUGGAAAAGAGUAGGG